UCUUGACAGAAAAAAAUUACAUCUGUGAGUUGUUACAGAAAACCAAACUGCAGAAAAGACGAAAAGAAAAUCUGAAAAUAAAGUUUGAAAUGCAAAUUAGCUUAGUUUACUAAUUCUUACAAGUUAUUUCUUUAAUCACACGAUGCGCUUCACAUAAAACUAAAACUUGUAUUCCAAAACAUAUAUUAGGAAGCACUGAGUGAUAAAGUAAUUAAGUUUAUAAAGUUACAAAAGAAUCACAAUCAUCUGCGCCAGUGAAAUUUUUCAAGAUGAAUAUUUCAAUAGAAAAGAAAAGAAGCGAUUGUGCAGCCUUGCCAAAAGGCUGGCAAAGAGAGGAAGUUAUAAGAAAAUCUGGACUUUCAGCUGGGAAAGUUGACGUUUAUUACUACAGCCCAACAGGUAAAAAGUUUCGCAGUAAACCUGAGCUAGUUCGUUAUCUGGGUGAUAGUGUGGACUUGUCGUGUUUCGACUUUCAGCAGGGUCAAAUAAACACUAUGCUGCUGUGCAAGGCCAAGAAAGCUCGAGCGCAGUUUGACUACAGGUUCCCACAUUCGUGUCAUAACUUCUCUCACUUGUGUUGUGUUCAUUACUUGAUGCAUGUACUGUUACCUAUAUUUUUAUUAAAAUUGAAAACUUUCUUGCAGGGAUUAACUGCUUGUGACGCAAAUGGAGUGAUUGGCACGACCUCCUUACCUAAGUAUAUCAAAUCUUUGGGGCCGUAUACUUCAGAUGCGACUACUAUACAGUCAUUAGCCACUGCUUUACAUGUUUCAUCACAACCUAUAACAGGACAAAGCGGUUCAAAGCAAGUUAUAAUGGAGAGCCCGGGGGUUUUUUUAAACCCUGAUCAGCCAUUAAUCGCCGCUGUCACUAUAACUAAAGAUGAUUUGCGCCGUCAAGAGGAGCGCGUGAAGCGGGCGCGGCUCAGACUGCAGGAGGCGCUGGCGGCCGCAUAGGGGCGCGCCGGCGACGGGGACGUGCAGACCGCCGCCGCCGACUCGCAGCAGGGAGCGCAGGACGACGACCCCGCCCCACAGAUGCUGCCGGACUCCACCGCCGAUUCCCCUAAACCCUGCAUUUCCGAGUGUGUUGUCGACAGCACUAGUUAAG